AUGCAAAAUACUUUUGCCUUGGUCCGUUGCUUCACCAGAGUGCAGCUGUACAAGAUAUUGAACUACCGAAUUGGCUUGAUAGCCAGUAGUUUUGAAGGAAGUCCUAUAGAAUCAUGGUCCUCACACGAUGCUCUUAAACAAUGUGAAUGGAUUGGGGAAUUCUUAAAGACUCUACCAAAUUCAGGAAUAAACGAGUUGAGCACCUUUCCGCUGUAUAGUUGUAUGUGGAAUUCCAUGAUUGUGCCGUUUCUUAAUAUGACCAUCUAUGGUUCCAUAUUUUAUCAAGGAGAAACAAAUGCUAUGAACCCAAAAUUACUGGAAUUGCCAUACAACUGUACUUUUCCUGCCAUGAUAAACGAUUGGAGAGCAAAAUGGUACGCUUCUACACAAAAUAACACUGACCCACAGUUUCCUUUUGGUUUUGUUCAGUUGUCAGCUGUUAAUUACAGCAACUCGUCGUUACAUUUUGCUCAGUUACGUUGGGACCAAACAGCACAGAAGGGCUACGCUCCAAAUGCACAACUGCAAAAUACCUUUAUUGCUGUAACAAUAGACUUGGGAAAUCCUUCAUCACCAUAUACGAGCAUUCAUCACACUCACAAAUCCGAUGUUGAAUAUCGCUUGGCGUUAUCUGGCCUUUCAUUAGUUUACGGUAAAGAAAGGUACUUCACUGGACCACUUGUAUCGAAAAUCGAGAAGAUUGCCGUCGAAAGUAACAUGUUUCUUAUAAUAAAUUAUAAAUCUGUGGACAAAAAUAUUGAAAUCCGGAACAAAAUCGGCUUCGAGGUACUUUGUAAAGGUAGAUGGAUACAGUCACCAAUCGCGUACAAUUGCAGCAAAUCUGUGUUCAUUUCGGUUCGUUGUGAUCCGGAUAAAGUUAGAUAUGCCUGGUCUGACAAUCCGUGCGAGAAACUGAAGUGUGCUGUUUACAGUGGAGGACUACCUUCUCCACCAUUUAUUAUGGAUGGUCCUUUUUCUUCUGAAAAGAAAAGUUUAAAUGGUUGUCAUACCGCGUAAUCAACUUUGUUUAUGUAGCAUUCAUUUCUAUUCUUUAUGUCGCAUUCAAUUGUAUUACUGUUUAGUGAAAAAUAAAAACUUCAAAAUUCA